UUACAAAUUGAAAUGUAGGGUUGUUUUAAAAAAUAAAUGGGUGCGUUCUUGUAGUGGCCAAUCCUGUGCUUUUGAUUGAAAUUCGGCAAGUUUAAACGGUGUAUGUGGGAAUUUUUUUUUUUGUCAUUCUAAUGACCCAUGUGAAAGUUUUUUUUAUUAUUAAUAGCUCUGGUUAAAAAACAAAUAUUGAAUAUUUGCUUUUUGCAGUUGGGAGCGUGUCCUUAAUUUAAUAUACUCUUUCGCCUGUAGGAUUUUAAUACUGUUUAGGCACGAUUUAACCAUGACAAAAGGAAGUGUCAGAGGAGAGACUGAAAUAAAACCAGAAGACUUUAAAGAAGAUGAGAUGACAAAAGAUGGCAAAGCAUCGGAAACGAAUGCUGUAGUUUAUAACCAAACCAAGAUGCACGCUUUCUUGACUCCUACAAAGCCGACAGACUCUAGGACUCCUCUUAAAGAAGGAAGUGUGACUUUUUCCCAUGAAAUUAAGUGUACUGGAAAACAGAUUAGUGAAGUGGGAUUAAAAGGAACAAAGGCAAAAGGGAAGAAGUCCUCUUUAAAAUCUAGAGAGAAGUGCAAAGGUCCUGCAGAGUCUGUGAAGACAUCUAGAUCAAAGGAAAACGUACUUGAGAAGAAAACAGUUGGUGAGAAUACCAGCAGUGCUCCUAGAACAGAUCACAUAAAAUCUCUUUCUCGACUGCCACUUCAAGAUGAAAACAGUGUUCCACAUCAUGGUGUAAAGAGUCAAGAAAAGAACUCCUUGGAAAGAUCCCAGAAAAAGGAUCAAGAAAAAGAAAAUCUUGGCAAUGAUGAAGUACUUGAAAUGAAAUAUGAAGAUCUGAACAAUCACCAAAACAAAGGCACCACCCCAGAUGCACUGGACAUUACGGCCCAACCUCAUUAUGAAGCUAAUAGCCCUCACGCAGUGGGUGAGGUUAUUGCUGGUAAAACAAAUGUAAAACAAGAAGAGAAAAAAGUUAAGGGAAAGCCAUCUUUUCAGAAGAAAAAGUUACAAAGUGCAGGAUUAAGAAACUGGAAAGUUACUGACUAUUACCCUGUUAGGAGAAGCUUUAGAAAAACCAAAGGAGAACUGGAGUCUGAUGAAAAGAAGAGAAUUGAUGAAUUCAUAACACGUGGAAAGGAAGAAGGAUUAAAGGUUGAAAUUACCGAUGGAAAAGGCAGAGGUGUUAUUGCUACUAAGCCCUUUUUUAGAGGGGACUACAUUGUGGAGUACAAUGGAGAACUUAUCGAAUAUCUAGAGGCUAAGAAACGGGAAAAACUGUAUGAACAAGAUCCUGCUGCAGGCUGCUACAUGUACUAUUUUCAAUACUUGAGCAAAACAUACUGUAUCGAUGCUACAAAAGAAACUGGUCGUCUUGGCAGACUGAUUAACCAUAGCAAAAAUGGCAACUGCCACACCAAACUUCAUGAUAUCAGAGGAGUCCCCCAUCUUAUCCUCGUUGCUUCAUGUGACAUCAGAGAAGGGGAGGAACUGCUGUAUGAUUAUGGUGACAGGAGCAAGGCUUCACUUGAAGCACACCCAUGGCUCAAAAAUUGAUCAUCUUUUUUUUUUCUGAACUAAGUAAUUAUGAAGUACACAUCUGCACAAGUGAAUUGUUCAGGGUUUUGUUGGCCUUUUCCUGCUGUUUUUUUUUCUUUCUGUUUUAAUGAAUUCCUUAACUGAUGUUGAAUUGUACACGUUUUUGAUUACAUCAAUACGAUGUUUUUAAUAUGAAAAUAUGUAUAUACUUUUGGAAUGUAUUUAUUCUGCGGAAUGGAAAAUAAGUUUAUAAAUAUGAGUGAAACUUUAGUGGAUUGUCACAGAAAACAUAAGGUGGUCCUUCAUAUGUGCCUGUGUUUAACAGUAGUGGAACAUGGCUAGGAUGGACAAUUUUGAAUGUAUCCCACUUUUCUGGUGUCCAUGAUGUAGAGGGCUAGAGCCCAGACUGUGAUGCAAGUGACAGUAAGUGUGUAGUGGCCCAGCACUGUAGGACCUGGAUGGAUAAGAGAGGAUUAAAGGACCAGAGCCCACUUGCCUCUUUCAGGAAGGGAGGAUGGGGGUGCACAUACUCGGGUGUACAUGCAGAAGGCAUGAUGUCUUUGAUGGGGACUAGCAAAAUACAUUCAGUGCUUCCCAGGUUUGUAUCCCUUAUGGAAGUGUGAGACAGUCUAGUACUGAUGCCCAUCAGUAGGUUGUUACUGUAUGUGCACAUGGGAAGUAGGAACUUAAGCAAGAAAAUCCCAUUUACUCUGCAAGGUUGCCGUCUUGAUCCUGUUCACUUUGCUCUCACCCUCCAAGAAAUAAAUGAGCUGUAGGGCUAUAUGGGUUCAAGUAGUGUCUGGGAAGGAGAGUGGAUGGUCAACAAAGGGCUGGAAGAAAAAAGUAAUCCAAAAAAUCUGUAUUCAUCCCUCCAGGUGUACUGCGGUCUAAUAGCAAGUCUCAUCAAAGUCUGUAAUCAUUGGAAUUUAAAUAUAGCAACAUUCUUGGAA